GUUGCGGCUCUACCUGUCUCAUGUUGUGCUUGUGCACUUGUGUCGGUUGAGUAAAAACGCCGACUCUUAACUUUGAUUUGAAGCCAAUUUAAUUAGACUCUGCCUUCAAACUUUCUUCCCUUGCCUACGAGUUGAUCGAUCUGCUCCAAAACGAAGAGGCGACUGGACUGUUCUACUGCAGGCAUGAGUGCGGCAGGCCCAGAAUUCGACGCCGAGCUGCAGGCAAAUCUGCGCAAAGUCAGGGUUCCUUGCCAGGGACAGAAAAUUUACAAGGAUGAAUGUAUAUAUUCCUUCGAUAAUCCGGAAUCAGCAACUGGACUGUACAUCUGCUUGAACACUUUCCGUGGAAUCGGCGAAGCUCACCUGCAGAGACACUUUGAGAGCACCAACGGAGAUGGUGCCGUUUUCUUGCAUAUCAAGAGAAUUAAAAAGAAAAUUGAAAACACUGCUGAUUCUGCUCCGGAUGGACCAGACAAGAAAAUCACUCGAUUGGCCAUUGGUGUUGAGGGAGGAUUUUUUCCAGAUUUGAGCAAGAAGAAGUUUGAGUUUGAGGAUACACUUAGUAUCUUCCUAUUCCCCAGCAAGAAGUCCUGCCCUUGGCCAGAUACCAAUCUUCCAGAAUUACUCAAACAGUCCGUGAAUGCAAUUCUUGAGGCAGAUUCUGCCUCCAAGCUGGAAGAGCUGGAAGCUUUGAGUGGUGCUUGGGAUGGAGAGGCUCUUGUUGUAUCAAAAUUUGCCGAGAACCUGGAGCAGCUGGACAAUGGCAUAAAAGUUCCCCCAACUGGGUGGAAAUGUGAGAAGUGUGACUUGACACAAAAUUUGUGGCUAAACCUAACAGAUGGAUCUAUUUUGUGUGGACGAAAGUACUUUGAUGGUUCCGGAGGAAAUGAUCACGCUGUAGAGCAUUACAGAGAUAAAGGCCACCCUUUGGCUGUGAAACUUGGCACUAUCACUAAAGAGGGGAAGGCUGACGUCUACAGCUACAAAGAGGAUGACAUGGUCAUUGACCCCUACCUUGCCAAGCACCUUGCCCACUUUGGUAUCAACAUCGGCAACAUGGAAAAGACUGAACGAACCAUGGCUGAACUUGAACUGGAAGCAAACCAGAAAUAUGGCGAGUGGAGUGUCCUUACAGAGUCCGGUUCAAAGCUGCAGCCACUAGGUGGACCUGGACUUGUUGGUCUCAGCAACUUGGGCAACUCCUGCUACAUGAAUUGCGUCAUGCAAGUCUUAUUCACCAUCCCAGACUUCAGAUCCAAGUUUUUGGAACAAAGACAGGCUAUCUUUGAUGACCUUGUGAGAAAUUCGGCCAAUCCAGUGGAGGAUUUCAACUGCCAGAUGGCUAAGUUGGCUGAAGGACUACUUACGGACAAAUAUGCCGUCCAGCCAGUGGCAGACGAGACCACAAGUGACAUCACGUUUGAAGGGAUCAAGCCUCAAAUGUUCAAAACUUUGAUGGGGAAAGGCCACCCAGACUUUGCCUCAAAGCGGCAGCAGGAUGCACAGGAGUACUUCCUUCACAUAGUCAACCUUCUUGAGAGGUCCAGUCACAAUCACGUGAACCCAGCAGACUGCUUCAAAUUCAAAGUUGAGGACCGCUUUGAGUGCAGUCAGUCCCACAAGGUCAAGUACACAUACAGGACGGAAUACUGCUUGCCACUACCAAUUCCUGAAAGCGCAGCCACGAACAAAGACGACGUGGCUGCAUACGAGGCCAAAAAGAAGCAGGCAGAGGAAGCUGGACAGAGAUAUGAGGGAGAGGUCAUUCGUCCACACAUCAAAUUUGAUUCUUGUCUAGAGUCGUUCUCACAAUCUGAAACCAUUGAGCAGUUCUACAGCACUGCCAUCAACGACAAAACAACUGCAAUUAAAUCUACACGACUGUCUACCUUUCCUGACUACCUUUUGCUGCACUUGAAAAAGUUCACCCUUAAUGAAGACUGGACCCCUCGCAAGCUGGAUGUUGCUGUUGAGAUGCCCGAUGUGCUGGACCUUGCUAGAGUCAGAGGAAAAGGUCUCCAGCCCAAUGAAGAGACCUUGCAAGAUAUCGAAGGUGCCCCUCCUGCAAUCAACCUAGAUGAGGGAGUCAUCAGCCAGCUCAUGGAAAUGGGCUUCCCUCUGGAGGCUUGCAAGAAAGCAGUCUUCUUCACAGACAAUCAAGGUCUUGAACCUGCCACCGAGUGGCUAAUGCAGCAUGUUGGAGACAGCGAUUUCUCCGAUCCAUUUGUCCCACCUGGCACUCAGGCUACAGGUGGCAACAGUGACUUUGUUCCCGACGAGGAGGCUGUGGCCAUGAUAUUGAGUCUGGGCUUCAGCAGGGCCCAAGCCGUGAAGGCCCUCAAGGAAACCAACAACAGCAUAGAAAGAGCGGCAGACUGGGUCUUCAGCCACCAGCAGGAGCUGAUGGAACUGGACACAGCACCUAAUGAAGCCCAAGCACCACUGGCCGCUCCAGAGUUUAGAGAUGGAUCCGAAAAAUACCAACUUGUGGCGUUCAUCUCACACAUGGGCACAUCCACUAUGGUGGGACAUUAUGUGUGCCACAUUCUGCAAAACGGUCGUUGGGUUUUGUUUAAUGAUGAGAAAGUGGCUCUCUCCGAACACCCACCCAAGGAACUUGGCUAUCUCUAUCUUUACAAGCGAAUUAAUUAGUUGCUUCACUGCACGCAAUUGUACUCAUUUUUCAAUAAACUAAUGCUAUUUCAAAACUGGAUUUUGUAU